AUGAACCAUAAGUUGAUACGCAUAAAAAAGCAAGGGAAGAAUGAACUGUUAACAUUUCAAAAAACAACAACCAGCUAUAUCACAUCAGAUACUGAGAAACAGACGACCGUGUGUGCCAAACGUGUCAUCUUAGCACUACAUAAAGAUGCUCUCAUGGACAUCGACUGGCAACCUUUUAAAAAUCAGGAUUUCAUCGACUAUCGUCUUAAUGCUGUCUUUGGACAAGAGUUUUUUGAAAUGUACCUUGGCUACGAGGAGCCAUGGUGGGAGGGACUAGGAUUCACAACAGGGAGGGCUGUGUCCACCCUUCCUGUUGGUCAGAUACUAUACAUGGGCCAAGAUAAACCCUCCUCUGAUACAUUGCAAGACGUUAACAGGAAAUCAAUGUUGUUGGUUAACUCGGGUUACCCACGUGCGUCAUUCUGGGAUGACUCAUUUUUAAAAAGUCAACCACACCUAGCCACGCCUCAAGCUACCAACAUGCUUGUAAGUGAAUACAACAUAUCAGAGUCAAUUUUAGUUGAGGCCCAUAACCAGAUUGCAGAGAUACAUCAACUACGUCCCAAAGACCUAGCACGUCCGUACAUAGGCGUAAUGCAUUAUUGGAAAGGGGCAUCUCUCUAUUCCUGGAAGGCCGGUGCUAAUUUGGAAAUCAUUUCCAAACAAAUGAUCAAACCUUUUGAAGAUGCAAACGUGCAUAUAGUUGGAAGUUGCUAUAGUAAUUCACAAUGGAUGGAGGGAGCUCUGGACUCAGUUGAAGAACUAUUAGAUAGGUAUUAUAACCAACAAAAUGAUACAUGGAUCUAAAACAAGGUGACGACAGACGUAGACGACGACGACGACGACGACGACGACGACGACGACGACGACGAGAGAGACAGUUUUAUCCAAGGCCAAAUGUUUUCUCUCGGAAAUCAGAGACAUCUCUGCGGAAAUGAACUAAUUGAAGUAAUUUCAAAAAACUAUGAUUUUGUUUUCGACUCAUUUGAACCGAUUUCAGAUUACUGAGAAAUGGAGUGAAUCUGAAAUAUAUGAAUACGAUUCGUUCUACAUGUCGUAAUCCCGUGUUCGUAAUUAACGCAAUCGGAUUGUUUUUGAAGUAAUUUGCCAUAAUAGCUAAUUUUUUCUUGACACAAUUCACCCAAAUCUAUUCACUUAUCGUGGUAUUGACCAAUAUUGGCAUAUCUUAAUACGGAACGUUGUUUUCACUCGUCAGCUGGUUGAGCCUUUUCAUUUUCUUUGAGACAUAAUUAAUAUUUGAACACAAAUGCAACAACGUUCCAAAUACACGAAAUAAGUCUUAUGAUUGGAAUAUUUCCCCCUUCCUGAUAUUCAUAUUCAUAGUUGGAUCUCGAUUUCUUUUACCAUCUAUUUUACAUGAUCAUGU